AUGAGUGAGCAUCAUCCACCUCGCGUAAGAAGCGCCUCCCCGAGAGUGCGCCUACUUGGCAAUCAUUCGCGUCGUGCGAAGAGCCCAAGUGUGAAUCCUUUUUUAGAGGCAUACAGGCGUGAUGUUGAACGUACUAUAAGAAGAGAUCCAACCUCAUUAUCCGUUCCCAUUGUAACCCCUAGAGGAAGAAGCCCAGAACGCGCGACCACCACAGAGACACAGCGAGACUUAACGGACUACGACUUCUAUCAGGAACAAUACAGCAUAUUGUGCGAGAGGUUGAGGGCUUCGGAAUCAGAUCUCAUAGAUACCGCCCACCGUUUAAGGGAAGCAAAACAUCGUCUCAAGAUUACUGAUUACAUUAUACAACAUGGCGCUGAAGGACAUACCCAGAGUAAAGACGAAGCCUCUGCUCGCGAAUAUCCUGCCACCCAAGGCUCACAAGUCAGUAUGCAAGGUGAGCAUACACAUCAUGAUCAAAAUCAGACAAGAGCAAUCAACAAUACCAACGGUAGGCUUGGAGAUCCUGACGGAUAUACAAGACAUCGACAAGCUCAACUCCGAACUCCACUAUCUGCUCCUACACAAGUUUCACCGCCUCGUAACAUGGGAUUUGAGCGGAACUACGAGACAGACGAACAUGAUUCAAAUUCUUCACAAUCGAUGUCCCCGUAUUAUGUCGCAAGAGCAACCAUCGAGCAAGCACAACGCAAGAGGGAAGAUAUUCAGCACAAUGGUGGUGCCAGGUCAGAGUUAGGGGCAGAAGGAUAUCCUACAGAAGGUAGUGAUUCCACAAUGGACUCAACAGUCGGAAUGCGUGGUAGUGUUGUAUCUAUCACCGAAUUAGAUUCUGUAGAUAGUAAUGAUUCCGCCUGGAGAUCAACAGCCGAAACGCGUGGUGGCGAGGACAACAAUCCCUCCAAUGAGCGUGCUAGCCCCGCAGGGUCUUCUUACAUCUCUUACGCCUCAGAUUGGACACUUGUAUCGCGUCCCUCGCAGUCCUACCCCAAAUCUCCACAACACUGGCCCAACACAGCUUCGGCUUCGGGUUCUACUUCAACCUCCCUGCCCUCCGCACCAGGUAACCUCGGAGUCACAAGACGUUCCAUGCGACUCUCUCUUUCUCCGCUCCAAUGCCCACCCAAUUCCACAGACCCAUCAAUAUUCACCAGCCUCAGCUUUUCACGAGUCGAAUUAGAGCUAGCCAUCCGCUGGAACGUUGCCAGAAAUAUGGAUCUUAUUCCCUGCACCCCCGCCUCCGCCUCCCCUCCCGUGAAUUUCCAAUUGAACUGCUACCCCAGCCUAUACCACGACCCCACGCCCAACAUCCGCCGACAACCAGCUCCCGACACCCCUAUAACCGCGCACAUGUACCCUAGAUGCAAUUGGAACACCGCCAAUUCGCGCACCUGGAUCUACCAAAACCUUAUCACCCGAUUCGGGUUCUCGAAGUCCGACGCUUACAACAUCACCAUGGGAUGGAUGGGUGAUGGGAUGACUCUCAUUCGUAUGAGCCCGUUCGAUUGGCAGGUACUCAUCUCCUCCUAUUACGCUGGAUGGCUUAAUCAUAGGCGGCUGUAUUGA